AUGACGUCUCUGAAGACCCCAAAUAUCGACCGACUAGCAACAGAAGGGGUGACACUCACCCAGCACAUCGCGGCCGCGGCCGUGUGCACCCCAAGCCGGGCUGCCUUCCUCACAGGCAGGUACCCGCUCCGGUCAGGGAUGGUUUCCAGCAAUGGAUAUCGCGUCCUUCAGUGGACUGCAGCAUCUGGGGGCCUUCCGACAACUGAGAUCACCUUCGCCAAAAUUUUAAGAGAGAAAGGCUACGCCACUGGACUCAUCGGAAAAUGGCACCUGGGCUUGAACUGUGAGUCCCCCAGUGACCACUGCCACCACCCCACCGCCCACGGAUUCGACCACUUCUAUGGAAUGCCUUUCUCCAUGAUGGGCGAUUGUGUGCACUUCGACAUCUCUGAGAAGCGCGCAAGCCUGGAGCGCAGAUUGUACUUUGGAGCCCAGUUCCUGGCUCUGGCUGUCCUCACACUGGCCGCUGGGAAGCUCAGUGGGCUGAUUUCAGUGCCAUGGUCACCGAUUGUUGGGUCCACCCUUGCGGCGGUCCUGGUCGGCACCAUGGCGUACUUUGCGGGUUCGCUGAUCAUCCACGCUGACUGCUUCCUCAUGAGGAAUCACUCCAUCACUGAGCAGCCGAUGCGUGUUCAGAGAAUCACGCCUCUCCUCCUUCAGGAAGUCGCGGAUUUUAUCAAAAGGAAUAAGGGAGGUCCUUUCUUGCUUUUUGUCUCCUUCUUACAUGCUCACAUUCCCCUUGUGACUACCAAGCCCUUCCUGGGGAGGAGCCUUCAUGGGCUGUAUGGAGACAACAUAGAGGAGAUGGAUUGGAUGGUAGGACAGAUCCUGGACAGUUUGAACAAGGAAGGUGUGGCCAACAGGACUCUUGUUUACUUUACAUCGGAUCACGGUGGGUCUCUGGAAUCCCAAGUUGGGAACCAACAGUAUGGCGGCUGGAACGGGAUAUACAAAGGAGGCAAAGGCAUGGGCGGUUGGGAAGGAGGUAUCCGGGUCCCCGGGAUCUUCUGGUGGCCGGAUGUACUGCCGGCCGGACAGCUGAUCCACGAACCAACCAGUCUGAUGGAUAUUUUCCCCAUGGUGGUCCAUCUGGGAGGCGGCCAGCUGCCUCAGGACAGAGUCACAGACGGCCGGGACCUAACCGCCUUGCUGCUCGGAGCCACGGCACGCUCCAACCACGAGUUCCUGAUGCAUUAUUGUGAGGGGGUUCUGCACGCAGUCCGCUGGCACCAGAGGAGCAGAGGGACUAUUUGGAAAGUUCAUUUUAAGACCCCCAAGUUCCACCCGGAGGGCGCCGGUGCCUGCUAUGGCAGAGGAGUCUGCCCAUGCUCCACGCCAGAGGUCACUCAGCACGACCCACCGCUGCUCUUUGAUCUCUCCCGGGACCCUUCAGAGGUCCAUCCACUCACCCCGGCCACGGAGCCUUUGUUCCACGAGGUCUUGGAUCGGGUGUCCCAGGCUGUGGAGGAACACCAGCUGACACUCACCCCGGUGCCUCUGCAAUUGGACACGCUGGACAACAUCUGGAAACCCUGGCUCCAGCCAUGCUGUGGCUUCUUCCCCCUGUGCCGAUGCAAUCGAGAAGACGACCGAGAAUAA